AUUUUCUUUUUUAUCAUAAAAUUAAUCGCUGCAAUUGUAAACUCGCCAUAACGUUGUGCUGGAAGUUGUGUCGCUCAUGUCAUCAAAACAACCUGAUUAAAAAGUGACAUUUUCGACUGUCUAAAUAUUGUAUUUUUUAACAAACAAUAUUAUUAAUAAUAAUUGAUACGUAUUUUAUUUAUAAAUAUAUAAAUUUAGUUUAGAUAAAUUGUGAAAUGUUUUACUUUUUAACUGUGAAUUUACAAUAUUGUUGAUAUUUUUGAUGAUGAUCAUUGGUGUUGAUUGAUUUUGAGUAUCUUUGUUGACUCAAAUUGACAAGAUGUACAGCAAUUUUUUUUAACAUUAGAAAAUGUUAAAAUUUAUUUACAAGACUUUAAAAAAGUUUAAUAAUUAUAAAUAAUUUAUUAUUAUUUCAAUUUUUAAUUAUUGAGAUAUAAUUUUGAGUUUUUAAAAUGUCUCAAGCUGAUGUACCACUACUACCACCAAAUAAUAAUUAUUUAAAUAACAACAACAACAACAAUGUAAUUAAUAACAAUAUCAACAAUAACAACAACAACAACAACAACAAUAAUAACAAUAAUAAUAAUAAUAAUCAGAAUGGUGGAACAACUGAAAAUAAUCACAGUUUGGCUGCUGCAUUUGCACCUGGUUUGAUAAAUCGUGCAAGAAAUAAUAACAAUCAAACUUCACUUUAUCAUGUGAGAGAUAGAUUAUUUCAUGCAUUAUUUUUAAGAGCAGCACUUUUAUAUGCUAAAAUGUUUCCAAAACCUGUACGAAGAUUUAUAGAAUUUGUAGUUUUAUUAAAGGCAAUAAUGGCAUUUUUUGUAAUGGCUUAUAUUCAUAUUGUAUUUUCACAAGCACCAACAAAUUGUUUAGAACAUAUAAAAGAUGAAUGGCCACGUGAUGGAAUAUUAAGAGUUGAAAUAUUAAGACAUGGUGGUGAAGAUUAUAAUAUUGAAAAAAGUUAUGCAAAAGAAGAAAAAAUAAAAAUGGAAAAAAUUGAUGAGCUGAGUAGUGUACUUGGAAUAUUAUCAAGAGAUGGAUUUAUAAAUAUUGAACCAUCAGCAGUAGAUGAAGAACGUGUUGCAUCAAAUAACGAUAACAACGAACAAAAUAUAAGUUUGUCAGAUGAAGUAAUAGCAGCAACAAUAUCUGAGGUUCACAGUGAAAUUUAUGGACUAACAAAUACUUCUACAAGUUCACAGUUAUCAACAAAUAUAUGGGAUGGAUUAGUCACUGAUCCACCUGACGGAUCUGAUGUUGUUUCAUCAUCACUUCAUUCUGCAAACAAUACUGUUGUUCCAGUUAAUUUUCAAUCUCAUGAUAAUGACAAUGAUGACAUAGUAAAACCUUUGAAAGAUCAAAUUCCAAAAAUUGAAGCUGUUGUAAGAGUUGUAUUUCCAGAUGAUGAAUACAUUGUUGAAUAUUCAUUGGAGCAUGGAUUUUUACGUUUAUCACCAGCAGCAAGACAAAGAUUAAAUAUACCAGUUAAAAUUGUUGUACUUGAUCCAGUUAAUGAUAAAUGUUUUGGUGAUGGAUUUUCAAGAUUAAUACUUGACGAAUUUCUUGGAUAUGAUGAUCUUUUAAUGGCAAAUAUUAAAACAUUAGCUGAAAAUGAAGGAAAAAAAGGAUAUCUACGUAAUGUUGUGACUGGUGAACAAUAUCGUUUUGUCAGCACUUGGAUGGCAAGAACUUCAUAUUUAACUGCAUUUUUUAUUAUGCUAAUAUUCACGGUUGCCAUCACAAUGCUGCUUCGUUAUUCUCAUCAUCAGAUAUUUAUCUUUAUUGUUGAUCUAUUCCACAUGCUGGAAUUUAAUGUGACAGCGUCAUUUCCAGCAGCAUCAUUCGUCGUCGUUAUGCUUGCACUUAUUGGACUGGAAACAGUAAUGUCGGGAUUUUUCAAUGACACAACAACUGCAUUUUACAUAAUUUUAAUUGUCUGGAUUGCUGAUCAGUAUGAUGUUAUUUGUUGUCACACACCAAUCACCAAAAGACACUGGCUUCGAUUUUUUUAUCUUUAUCUAUUUUUCUUUUAUGCGUAUCAUCAUCGAUUCAAUGGACAGUACAGUAGUCUUGCUCUCAUCACAUCAUGGCUUUUUAUACAGCAUUCAAUGUUAUAUUUUUUUCAUCACUAUGAGCUACCAGUUAUACUACAACAAGCACAAUUACAACAAAUAUUAUUACGUAAUCAUGCAACACAUACUGGGCAAUCGACAACACAAAAUACAUCACCACCAUCACCAUCAACAACAACUGGAACAGGUGGAACAACUGGAACAGCAUCAACAGCAACAAAUGCAACAGCUGGGUACCAGCAUCGCGCUGCUUUCACAGCGCAACAACAAAUUGAAAUUAGGACAAUCAAGAAACAUCAACGACAAGUGAAACACCUGAACAGUGAGUAGUAUACUUGAAGCUGAAACAAUGAGUAGCUCGACAACCGAGACUCAAGCUGAAGAAGAUUCUGCAAGUGAGUCAACUUCAGUCGUCAGUCACUGUGAAGAAAAAGAUAAAUGUAAAAAUAAUGAUUCAAAGUCAAAGGAGCCUUCAACAUCUGAGGAGUUUGAGGUAAUCGAACCAUUAAAUUCAACGUCAAAAGAAGAUACUGUAAAUCAUCAAGUUGUGGAUAUUUCAAAUGCUUAAAUAUUAAUAUAUAAAUAAAUAAAAAUUAAUAAAAAAAACAAAUCUAAUCUUUUUUAAAUUAUCACAAUAAUUUAUACAAUUUAUUUUUUAGUUUUUUUCAUAGAAAAAUUAAUUAUAAAUUAUUAACUAUUUGAAGUAAAAUUUUAUUUAUUAUUUUUAUUAUUUUAUUUUAUAAUAAACAAUUAAUAUAUUAUACAAAAUAAACAAUAAAUUUGAUAGCACGUUUAUUAAAUAAAAAAAAAAACUCCUCAACUAUCAAAAAUGUAUAAAAAAAAAAAUUUGUGUAAAUCAUCAAUUACACUAUAUUUUUAAAUUCAUAAUUUAAAUAUAAAAAUAAUAAUUAGUAUAUCAAUUAAAGCAUAAUAUAAAAAUAUAUAUAUUAAUAUUUAAAAUGUGAUUUUAAAAAAAAUAAUUUUUAAAAAGUUAAACGUGUGUAAGUUAAAAUGUGCGUGUAUGUAAAAUAAAAAUGAAGUAAUUUAGACAUAAUAUUAAUCAGAUCGUCCGUGGAAAAAAAAAAUUAUUAAGAUUGCUUCUGUAUUUUUUUUUUUUUUUAAAAUUAUUGUCAUCAUGAUUGAUGUAAUUUUUGUAAUAUUGCUUGACAAUAAACUUGCAAAAUUAGAAAAUUAAACAUCUCGUAAAAAUCAAAUAGAUAUCAAAUAAAUUUUAAAAUAGCCCAAAUUUCCUGAAACAUUGUAUAACCAUUUAUUUCAAUUAUAUAAUAAUUAGAAGUAAAUCGUUGAGACUCAAUGGACACUAAUGUCAAUACCCAAAGCACGUUCUUUGUUCUCACUUUUCACUUUAAUACACGUCUUCAGUUAAAUCCUUGUCUCCCAUUUGACUUAUUUAUCUUGUGUUUUUUAUUUAUUGUUGUUUAUAAAGCCAAAUUCAAU